AUGACCCAGAUCAUGUUCGAGACCUUCAACACCCCGGCGAUGUACGUCGGCAUCCAGGCAGUCUUGUCGCUGUAUGCCUCUGGUCGUACCACCGGUAUCGUCCUCGACUCUGGUGACGGUGUCACCCACAGCGUCCCCAUCUACGAGGGCUACGCUCUGCCUCACGCCAUUCUGCGUCUCGACCUGGCCGGUCGUGAUCUCACUGACUACCUCAUGAAGAUCCUCACUGAGCGCGGCUACUCCUUCACCACCACUGCAGAACGUGAAAUUGUGCGUGAUAUCAAGGAGAAACUCUGCUACGUUGCUCUUGACUUCGAGCAGGAGAUGGCCACUGCCGCCUCAAGCUCCUCCCUCGAGAAGUCCUAUGAACUUCCCGACGGUCAGGUCAUCACCAUUGGCAACGAGCGAUUCCGUUGUCCAGAGUCUCUCUUCCAACCCAGCUUCUUGGGUAUGGAAUCUGCCGGCAUCCACGAGUCCACCUUCAACGCCAUCAUGAAGUGCGACGUAGACAUCCGCAAGGACCUCUACGCCAACACCGUCCUCUCCGGUGGCACCACCAUGUACCCUGGUAUCGCUGAUCGCAUGCAGAAAGAAAUCACCUCGCUGGCUCCGAGCACCAUGAAGAUCAAGAUCGUCGCACCACCUGAGCGCAAGUACUCCGUCUGGAUUGGUGGCUCCAUUCUGGCCUCCCUCUCCACCUUCCAGCAGAUGUGGAUUUCCAAGCAGGAGUACGACGAGUCCGGACCUGGCAUCGUCCACCGCAAAUGCUUCUAA